GCGCGGUCACCGAGGCAGAAUGACAGGAGUUAGAGAUUGUUUGUGUAUGUUUUUCAUUCAUGUACAAUAGUAUUUAGUCCUGUAAGAGUGUUCAGUUCAGUUAUAAGCGAUUUACAUGUAAAUUUCAUGGAUUGCUAGUUAGCUGGUUUAGCGGUUUGUUGUAUUUCCGGUUUUAACAAUGCCUACGAUAAGAGUAACGGAUGCAAACAUAAGAACACUGCACUGCUACUGCUACAGCUACAGCUACUGCUACAGCUAACUGCACAGUCCAGGAGCAGCCAGGUCACGUCAUACACUGAGCAAAUCAUCAUGUAUAGUAACCGUGGUAUAUCUGAGAUGUCCUCUUGUCCCAUGAGCAGCAGCAGCAUUACAGGUCUCCUGUCUGCGCUCUGUGACCGCAGCCUGUCCGGAGUGUCAUGGAAGCGCCGCUCUUUUGGAGGAGUCUCCCGCGUGGCGCUCCACCGCGCCCUCCGAAGACGUGCCUACGCCACACUGCUCUCCAAACUUUUCCAGGACAGUUCGUCCAAACCUGCCUCGUCGAUGGCAAACGCUUUAGCUGUCACACCCUCGUACAACAAAAUGCUUAUGAUCUCCUUCGACUUGCGCGUCUCGGGCCGUGCUGAGGACGCAGAGAGGCUGGAGGGUCUGCUGGGACAGCUGCGUGAAGCAGGCCGCUCCUCCGGUCUGACUGAGCUUGACUCGGUGCUGGAGCUCUUGGCACAGCUGGCAGGUUCAGGUCCUCCACCCGUGUCGUCGUUCAGCAGGGACUGCAUGCGGCGUGAACGGCCCGUGCUGCGCAGACCUCCGCUGCCAGGUUACCUCAGCGAGGAGCUGCAGAGGCUGGAGAGCAGGACCUGGGCUCUGGUGUGUGAGGAGGAAUGGGGAGCCUUUGGGGGUGUUUGUAGAACUCUCAGCAUAUUGGACGCUCCACCAGGGACUGGACUGUUUGGUUUGGAGAGGAGACUGGAAGGAGAGGAGAGAUUUGAGAGAGACACCAGACUGUCUCUGUUUGGAGCUCUGCAACACUCGCGGACAGAAGAUUUGGACGUCCGGUUGGAUUUACCCCCAGUUCCCAGUAACGCCGAGGUCACAGGACUCAAUAUACGGGUUCCUCAGUGUUUGGAUCAGUCUGAGGAUGAAGGAUUCCAGUCUGCCUCCAAUCUGACUCCCGACUCGCAGUCUGAGCAGAGCCCCAGCCCCGAGCCUGACGUGUGGGAGGCCUUGCGCACGUUUGUACCUGCUAGACGUCGCUGCUGGGAAAACGUGGGCUGUCCUCCGGGUCAGAAAGAGCCUCCAUAUCUGACAGAAGCAGGCAGAGAGGCAUUUGAUCAGUUGUAUCGGCUUUGGGAAGGCGAGAUGAGGAACAUGCUCUCCUCUCACACUCCCUCUCCUCUCCUGCCCCUGCCUCUGGACUGCCAGACUCAGCUAGUUAAAGACCUCCUCAACGUGCUUAUAGGAGUGGCUUCUGUUACUUUCCCCCUCAAUGAGUCGAGUGUUCAGUUUGAUGUGCGUGCGGAUGUGUGUGUGUCGGGAACGUCCCCGGAGAGUGUGUCGCGACUGUUAGAGGAGCUGGCGCAGUACGGCACACAUUACCUUCGCCUGAGCCGCUUCUCUCUGGGCUCCGCUGAUAAGAAAGGCCUGGUGUUUCAGGCGUUUACAGGUGGCCUGCGGCGCUAUCUACACUACUACAGAGCGUGUGUCUUAAGCACACCCGCCUCUCUCAGCCUCCUCACCAUCGGCUUCCAUUUCCGCAAGCUGGGCCGACAGCUUAGGUACCUUGCAGAGCUGUGCUGUGUGGAUGGUGCUGCUGGUGCGCGCCAGGCUACCUUCCCUGUGGGUGUGAAGCUUCUCUCCUACCUGUACAACGAAGCACAGAGCAACUGCAGUAAUGAGAACUACCCUGUGCUGCUUUCUCUGCUCAAGAGUAGCUGUGAGCCUUACACACGGUUUGUAUCAGACUGGGUGUACAGUGGAGUCUUCAGAGAUGUGUAUAAAGAGUUCAUGAUCCAGGUGAAUGAGGACUACCUCAGCUACAGAGAUAAGCAUUUCUGGGUGCAGGGCUACACUCUGAUCUCGCAGGAUGCGGAGGACUGCGUGCCCGUGUUCCUCCGUCAUAUCGCGAACGAUGUUUAUGUCUGUGGAAAAACCAUCAACCUGCUGAAAAUCUGUUGCCCACAGCAUUAUAUCUGGUCGGAGGUGCCCGUGCCACGCAUCGCCGUGACAUUCUCUCUGCGGGAGGUGGAGGAAAUCGAGAGAGAUUGCGCCGUGUACCGGGGCCGCAUGGAGACCAUCGCCAAGCACAGCGCCAUCAGCAGAGAGGAGCAGGCGUUGCGUACUGAGCUGGCACGCCAAGAGCUCAUCAAUCAGGUCAGAGAGUCAGCAGCCAAGACGCUGGAGAGCAUCCGAGGCCGCCAGGUGUCACAGCGUCUGGCUGAGGAGGCUAAGAAGAGAGAACGCUUUGAAGAGCUGAGGCAGCAGCUAGAGCUCGACCAAGAGUGGAGGAGUGCUGCUAAAAGGAAGGAGCAGGAGGAUGACUACAGUUUUGCCCGAGAGCUUAGGGACAGAGAACAGAGGCUGCAGGCCCUCGAGGAGCAGCUGGAGCGCAGGGCACGCAUGGACCUGAUAGCGCAGUACAGUCGUCUGUCUGAGGAGGCAGCUAAGAAAGAGCGGAGGGCAAUGUGGAAAGUACAGAGGAUCAGACUACAUGAAGCCAGAGUGAACUUCCUACAGCAGGACCAACACACCAUACAGGCUCUGCUUGCGAGAUAUCCUUUAGGACAGGAAUGCCCCAGUCAGGAUCCAGCCUUAACAAAGAAACCAUCUCCGGAUCAGCAGGAAUCCCAUGCUCCUGAGAUACAAAUGAAAAAUCUGACCAUUGAGGCGGAGGUCACUGCUCCUUCUGAUUUGACUCUGCCUCCUCCUUGCCCUCCUGCCGUUCUCUCCCCCUCCAUCAGGAAUGUUGAUGCUCUUAUCUCAGAUCAAAUCGACAUUACAGACUUCCUUCCAAAACCUCCACGUCCCGCGGACAGUACGGCAGUAACCCAGGCUCUACAGGACAUCGGAUGUGACCUCUCGGAAUUCUCCAGAAACCCUGAUUCAGACUAUGACUUCUCCUCCCCCUACAGCCCUCUGGAAUGCCUCAGGCCCCAGUUAUGCUCUGCUCAUCCCUCCCACUCUCACCAAGUCCCAGCGCCUGGGGCAAGUCAGUAUGGCCAUCCUUCACAGAAUUCAAUUCAUCUGGAGGAUAGUGCUGCCUCAGGGCACAUGUUGAAAGCUAGUCCGAGUGAAUUAGUGCCAGCGGGAGAGACACAAGAGCAAAAUGUGGCCCCAAAUAAAUGUCAGGAGACAAACAAACUGCCUAAAGAGAAGACGUUAUAUGGAGAAGAGAAGGAACUUCCAGCAUGUGGUGUGGAGUUGGAGCCAAAACCACCAACGGAUAGCAUAGCAGAGAAGGCCAAAGCUAGUGAGCAGCUUGCUCAUCCCCUUCGGACAUCAGCUGAGCAAAUUCCAAUAGAUCUCGCUCUGAUCACUGGCAGUAACCCAGACUCUGAUGUCCAAAACAAGUCUAAGAACAACGUCUCAGGGGUAGCUAGUGUUUCCUCCUCCAAUACUGCCCAGGGCCAUUUAUUUAAUGCUGACAUAAGCACUGGUGGGCUUGUUUCUGACACUACCAUGGUUCUUCCCUCGCCCAAUAUUCAUGGUCAUGCUUCUGAUGCUCAUAUUAAAGUUGGAGAGUUUGUUUCUGAGGUUACUGUGGCUGUUCCCUCCCCAAAUAUCCAUGGUCAUGCUUCUGAUGCUCAUAUUAAAGUUGGAGAGCUUGUUUCUGAGGUUACCGUGGCUGUUCCCUCCCCAAAUAUCCAUGGCCAUGCUUCUGAUGCUCAUAUUAAAGUUGGAGAGCUUGUUUCUGAGGUGACUACACCCACUGCCUCUCGCAAUGUCCAUGGCCAUGUGUCUGAUGCCCAUAUAAAAAUAGGAGAGCUGGUUUCUGAGGUUCUUACUCCUCUACCUUCGCAAAAUAUCCAUGGUCAUGCCUCUGAUGCUCAUAUAAAGAUUGGUGAGCUUGUUUCUGAGGUACCUACCUCAACCCCUUCACCUAAUAUCCAUGGCCACGCUUCUGAUGCUCACAUAAAGGUGGGUGAGUUUGUCUCAGACGUUGCUCCAUCUCGCCCUCGUUGGAGCAAACAUGGCCACUCUUCAGACAGCACUCUUAAAGUGGGCUGUCUGAUGCCAGAAGCUGAACCAACACAUUCCCCACUGCCAGGCAGUGCUUACGGUCACUCCUCAGACUCCACGCUAAAGGUCGGCUGUGUCGUAUCUGGUUCAGACCCAGUGCCUUCCCCACUACCUGGUAGUGCGUAUGGGCACUCGUCAGACUCGACACUGGGCGUGGGGUGUGUGGUGAUGGGGGCGCAGGUCCCUAAGAAGCCCCCUCUCCCGGGUAGUGCCUAUGGACAUUCCUCUGACUCUAACCUGGGUGUAGGCUGUGUGGUGCAGGGGAUCAGGCCUGGAAGCUCUUAUAGUAGAGCCCCUCAGACAGGAUCCAAACUGCCCACAGAGGACAAGAACAAGCAAGAUACCCAAGAGGCACAGGCAGACGCCACGGCUGCUCCCCAAACUCAGCCGCUCACUCUGGUUGAAGGUCUCGCUGCCUGGGCCCAGGGGCUGGGACUGUCGCCCUCAGAGAGACCAGAGGACGACUACCUCCUCAAGCUGGCCUCUCAGUAUCACGCUGAGCAGUACGAAGAUUCCUACAGGCAAAUGAUGUCAGCCCCCGAAGCACAGCUCCUGCAGCAGGUGACCCGUGGGCCGAACGGUCUCCCAGCGGACUCGUCUCUGCACUGUGCUACAGACUCUACUGCUGUGCAGCUCAGUGAGAUGAUGCCCCUCCCCGUGCUCAUGAAACACUCCGUCACGACCCCGCUCAUCACACAUUUGUCCAUGGUGAAUAAGGCGGUGGUGGAUUAUUUCUUUGUGGAGCUGAGAGUGGAGAAACACUUUGAAGCUUUGAGGCACUUCUUACUGAUGGAAGAUGGGGAAUUUGCGCUGUCACUUACUGACCGGCUCUUUGAGAAGCUGGGCAGUGGGCAGACCCCUGGUGAGCUGCUGACACCUCUGGUGCUGAACUCCAUCCUGAACAAGGCCAUGCAGUACAGUGUGCAUGGCGACAGUGAGCUGGCCACUAACUUCACGUUUGCACUGCGCUACCUUCCCGAGGUGUUCCAUCCCCACGCUCCCGACUCACUCAACUGCCUCGAGCUGCGCUACAAGGUGGACUGGCCUCUGAAUAUCAUAAUAACGGACAGCUGUAUGAAUAAGUACAACCGGCUCUUCUCCUUCCUGCUGCAGCUCAAACACAUGGUGUGGUCUCUCAGUGAUGUAUGGUUUCAUCUCAAGCGCACAGCUCUGGUAAAGGGAGCAGGACAUUCGGUGCAGUUCCGUCAGCUGCAGCUUUACAGACACGAGAUGCAGCACUUUGUGAAGGUGAUCCAGGGCUACAUCGCUAAUCAGAUCCUGCAGGUCUCCUGGAGCGAGUUCACACAAAAACUGAGCAGCGCCAACGACCUGGACGCCAUCCACCACACACACGCAGAGUACCUCAACAGGGCCAUCUUCAGGGCUCUGCUGACAGAGAAAGCCGCUCCUGUGAUGAACAUCAUCCACAGCAUCUUCAGUCUGAUCCUGAAGUUCCGCGGGCAGCUGAUCGCUCAGGCCUGGCAGAGUCAGCAGGGUGAGACGGUGCACCCGAGCUUCAUCGCCAUGCAGCAGUCUUACAACACAUUCAAAUACUACUCACGCUUCCUGUUCAAAGUGGUUUCCAAGCUGGUCGAUAAAGGCUACCAGCCUCAUUUAGAAGACUUCCUGCUGCGUCUUAACUUCAACAACUACUACAAGGACUCGUGACGUAGUUAUGCCUAAGAAAUGAUCAUGAAAUGGGGUUUUCCUGUAGCUUCUUCACCCUCACACUGAAGCCAGGGAGGCUUUCUAUAUGCAAAUUAUCUGCUUCAAGCCAUUGUAGCUAUCCUGCAAUGAGAGUGCACGGUGCUGUAAGUAUUAUAGCUCUGUGCGAGAGUGUGUGAGAGAGAGAGAGAGAGAGAAAUGUGAUUAGCAUUUCACUUUUAUACAGUCGAUUCAGCAUUCACCUGGCAUUCAGGAAUUCAUUCGUUUGCUCAGAUUACUUAGUUAUGGAAUUAAGUUGACUCGAGCAUCUCUUCACUUUUGUCUUCUGGACGUUGAGCUAAUUUCUGCUUAUUUAUGACCUAAGCUGCAGUUGCAUCAGUGAACAUCAAUGCCCGUGUACAUUCAGUCCAGUUUGUCCCAUUACUGCUGUGUUACAUGUAAAUUUAAAUAAAUCAAUAAACUAAUAGAUUUUCAAGA